UUGGCGGAAGCGCUGCGCUUCCGGUUCCCGACGAGCGCGGGCGUGCCGCUGGGGCGAGUGGUGGCAGCAGCCUCACCGCCCGCGUUGGCUCUGCUCGCUGCGCUGCUCCGGUACCCGUCGCGCGACCGCCCCACGGCUCCGCAGGCAUUACGAUUUCCAUAUUUUGCCAUCGGUGCGGCCCUUGGGGUGCCGCCGCCUGCGUCGCGCGCUCGACGCACCCGGUGCCCGCUGCGAGUCUAAUCUCGCGUUUUGGGCGCCGCGGCCGUCGCGGCGGGUUCACCGGCGGUUGUGGCGGCCGCUCCGCUCGCUGCUCCGCCGCCACUUCACGAUCGUUUUGCUGACAUUCUGGGGGGCGAAGUGGUUCACGAGAGCGGUGAGGGCGGCUUCGAGCAGGCGUUACGACGGGCGUCGGGCGUGCGUGGGCGCAGCGUGGCGGCGCCGCGCGUGCCUCCCGCGCCCCCCGCUGGCCUCGGACCGCCCAGCGGCGCGGCCGCGGCCUAUUUGGGCGCGGCUCGCUAUGUUGCUGGUUCACGAAUAGAUACUUCACUUUUCCGUCAACUCCCCUUAAGAGCUCAUCGUGAGACAACCACAGUAGGAAGCGGAGCCGCCCGUGUCGACUGGGCCGCCAAAUAUCUGCGAUGAACAAGACCAGCCUCACUCUCCAGUCAUCGCCUACCUGUUACAAAACUUAUCAUUUGAACAACUGUAAUUGUAACUUAUUAUAUUUGGGUGCAGUUAUUAAAUAAAUAUACAGUUUACUGUGUUAUUGGGAUAAAAUAAUGGGUGGUUAGGUUCUUCUUAAUAUAAUUAUCAUUGUCCUACAUAUUUUAAAUAAACUAUAAAAUUUUAUAAUGUUG